AUGGACGUCCAGGCCCUGGCUGUCGUGUUUCAGGAGACGCUCCACCAUCAAAAGGAGAUCAGGCGCAAGGCGGAGGCUCAGCUGGAGAUUGGGUCGAAGCAGCAGGGAUUCGGCGUGGCCGUGUUGAAGGUGGUGCUCGCCGAGCAAGUGAGUCUGGAGGUUCGCGUCGCGGCGGCCGUGUGCUUUAAAAACCACGUCAAGUACCACUGGGAGCAAAAGGAGACGGAUGACUGCCCGAUGCAGGAGCCAGAAAAGGCAGAGUGCAGGAGCCACAUUGUGAACCUGAUGUUGAGUGCGCCGCCUCUUGUGCGGUCCCAGCUGAGUGAAGCGCUGUCCAUAAUCAGCGGUGUCGAUUUCCCAAAUCGCUGGCCCACACUCCUGCCAGAGCUGACGCAGAAGCUUCAAACAAGGGACGUGAACACUUGGCAUGGUGUUCUGGCAACGGCAAACUCUGUCUUUAAGCGUUUCAGGGGCGUCUACAUGACUGAUGCGGUGUCCCAGGACCUUGAACUGUCACAGAAAUUUUUCCUGAAGCCUCUCCUUGCGAUCAUGAAAGACCUGGCGCCACAGGCCAAGCUGUACCAGCAGACACCUGAUGCUCUCAAGGUGGUGAUGUCUUGCAUCAGGCUGUGCUGCAGAAUAUUCUACUCCCUGAACACAUUGGGCCUUACAGAGGCGAUGGACCAGGACCUGGGGCUGUGGAUGGCGGAGUUUUUGCAGUAUCUUGACUAUGACAAUCCUGUGCUCAUCGAGCGUGAUGACGAAAAGGAGUCUGCACAAGAUGGUGUGAAAUCUGCAAUUUGCCAAAACAUCAACCUGUUGACGGAGAUCUGUGAGGACGACUUUGAUCCUUAUCUGAUACAGUUUGGAACUGCAGUCUGGAACCUUCUUCUAAAAGUGACGCCAAAGCAAGGGCAGGAUAACCUGGCGAUGCAUGCCAUCGAGUUCCUCACCACUGUGGCAAAGAGCGAACAGUCUGCAGCAAAGCUGUUUCAAGCUGAGAAUGUGAUCAGCCAGAUCUGUGAGCAUGUGAUCAUGCCCAACCUGCGCCUCCGUGACAGCGACGAGGAGCUGUUUGACAUGAACCCUGUGGAUUACAUCCAACGGGACACUGAGGGCAGCGACUCUGGCACCAGACGGCGAGCUGCCUCAGACCUUGUCAGGGCCUUGACAGACAGGUUCCCAAAAGUGGUGACCCAGCUGUUCAGCUCUUAUGUGAAUGGCCUUCUGCAAGAGCAUGCUGCAAAUCCAAAGGCCAACUGGAAGGCCAAGGAUUGUGCAAUAUACCUGGUAGUUGCCUUGACAGUGAAGGGAAAGACAGAAGCCCAAGGGGCAACUUCCACGAAUGAGCUGGUUCCGCUUCUUGCCUUCUUCCAGGAGCAGAUCGUGCCAGAGCUGGAGGCGGCCAGUGGGAUCGAUGAGCAGCCAAUCCUGAAGUCUGACGCCCUGAAGUUUGUCACCACUUUUAGAUCGCAGAUUCCAAAGGAUGCGCUAUUGAAGAUGCUCCCCAGCCUGAUCAACUUGUUGGGCGCGUCAGCCUUUGUCGUGCACUCGUAUGCAGCCACUGCGAUUGAGCGGCUGCUUGCCCAGAAGGAGGCAGGGAGGACCAGGUUCACUCCGGAGGAACUGGACCCCGUUCUCCAGAACCUCCUUGAGAGGCUGUUUGCAGCCUUUGAGCUCCCAGAGUCAUCGGAGAAUCAAUAUGUGAUGCGGUGCAUCAUGAGGGUGAUCGUCUUUGAAGGCCCAAAAAUCAGUCCUGCUGCUCUGGUCUGCCUAAACCUCAUGUCCAAGAAGCUCGUUGCUGUUUGCAGAAACCCCAGGGUCCCUGGCUUCAACCAUUACCUGUUUGAGUCGAUCGCAGCCCUGAUCCGGCACAGCUCUGCUGCUGACAUCAACAUUCUGGACAAAGUCCAGGAGACCCUGUUCCCACCCUUUGAGUUCGUGCUGCAGCAGGAUGUCCAGGAGCUGCAUCCGUACAUUUUUCAGAUAUUUGCACAGAUCAUUGGGCUGCGGAAUCCGCCCCUACCACCAGUGUUCAUGACAAUAUUCCCACCAUUGCUCGACCAUACUUUCUGGGAGCAGAAUGGGAACGUACCAGCCUUGGUGAGAUUGUUACAGGCGUAUUUCACAAAGGCAGCUGCACAGGUGAUUGACGGCGGACGUCUAGAGAGCAUCUUGGGCGUAUUCCAAAAGCUGCUGUCCUCAAAGCAACUUGACCAUCAUGGGUUCUAUAUUCUGAACGCGAUCUUCGAACAUCUUCCAAUCAGCCCUCUUGAGAAGUACAUCCACACGAUCUGGACGAUGCUAUUUUCAAGGCUGAUGAAGUCAAAGACGACCAAGUAUGUGAAGUCAUUCCUGGUGUUCAUGGCACUCUUCAUUUGCAAGCAUGGGCCUGUCAAGGUCAUGGAGACCAUUGAGAAUGUUCAGCAGGGCCUAUACAAGAUGAUUUUGGAACAGGUUUGGCUUCCCAGCCUGAUGUGGAUCCGUGGAGACCAAGAGGAGAAGCUCUGCGCCGUCGCACUGAUUCGUUCCAUGUGUGAAGUCCCACUGCUCAUGGAGGCGGAAUAUGAUGGGCUGUGGGGAAGGUUGCUGGAAGUGCUGGCUGCGUUCCUGGAAGGGAAGGGAACGAAUGGGCACACAGAAGUUGCCGAUCCCCUGGAGGAGGAGCCGCAGGGCUACUCGGCUGCGUUCUCACAGCUGGCGAAUGUUACUCUGCCUGACACUGACCCAUGCGCCGAGGUCAAGGAUGCGAAACAAUUUUUGGCGCAGUCGCUGUCGCAGCUGAACAGGACGGCCCCAGGGCGGAUAUCCAGGGCAAUGCAGGCCUCGAUGAAGCCCGAGGUGCAAGAGCGGUUAAAAGCGUACUUUGGCGCUAUGGGUGUGGCUAUCUCCUGA